UGCAACAGCCAACACACACACCGUGUAAAAGAUCAACUAGAAUUCAUACGGGAGAAACUCACAGCGGGCGAGAAAAAGAGGACCGUACGAGCUAAACAAGGGGAUUGGAUCCCAGUGAAACAAAGGAUUUGAGGAGCGUUUGUGUUCUGCAGAAGCAGCAGGAGAUACUCCAGCCGGGAACCAAAGGGGAUACGAAGCAAGCGAGGAAAGAAGAGGACAAAAAGGACACAGAGCAAAGGAUACCGCUCCUUUAUUUGGAUUGGCGUGUUCUCUCGGGUUUCUCGCUUCCCUCCUCCCGGGCCGACAGCACAGGGGGAGAGCAGAGUCUCAACCCCCGCAGGGAUGAAGUACAACUACCAAGCGCCGGUGUCAACGUCCACACGCAGCUCUCAGUACACGCCGGCAUACCAAACGCCCACCUAUCACACGGCCUCACACUACACCCCGAGUACGCCGCACUACACAUCCGCAUACACGUCCGCAUACACCUCUCCAACAAAGUACACCCCGACAAAGUACACCCCGGCCCAGUACAGCUCGACCCAUUACACCCCGUCGCAAUACACGUCCACUUACAAGGCGGUGUCGUCAUACGUGCCUUCGUACAGCAAAGAGUCGCGGUACAGUUCGACCCCUCGCACUCCAGCGCAGGAGAAGCCUGCACCUGUGGCACCUGUGGCACCUGUGAUACCUGUGAUACCUGUGAUACCUGUCGCGCCCGCAAAGAGAACUGUGCACUUCCCCAAUGACAUCAUCUUCCAGGAUAUUGUCAGACGGGGAGAUUUGGAGCAAAUCGGUCGGUUCAUGAGAGCGAGGAAGGUCCGUGUGGAUACAAUCUUCCACUCAGGUAUGGCAGCGCUUCAUGAAGCCGUGCUCACGGGGAACCUGGAGGUGGUGAAGUUGCUGGUGAAAUAUGGCGCUGAUGUUCACCAGAGAGAUGAAGACGGCUGGACGCCGCUCCACAUGGCCUGCAGCGACGGCUACCCGGAACUUGCCAGUUACCUGCUGUCGAUCGGCGCCACUACAGAGGCAGAGAACGAAAGCGGAGAGAAGCCCGCUGACCUCAUCGACCCGGACUGCAAAGAGCUGGUCAAACUGUUCGAGGCGGGCUGCGUGUGAUCGGGCACCAAACGGACCCAGGGCGGAGGCCGAAGGCCGAGCCGCCACUUGGAAAAGAAAGAAGCAAAUAUUGAACAGUAUUAAAACGUGCAAUACAAAAGACACUUGUGACAGGGUGGGAGAACAUAGUCCGGGGUUAGGGCCGUGUCUCUGACCCUUGUAAUCCAAGAUGGUGGUUCUGUGUGUAAGUUUAAAAUGAUAUUUUUUAAGAUGUAGUGUAUUUUUUAAGAUGCAGUGUAUUGCUUAAGGCAAUACAUUAGGAAAAUGAAUUUCUCUUUCUGGUGGUUUUUUUGACUUUAUUUUGCGUAUUUGUCAUCUGAUUUCCAAAGGAAAUAAGAUUAAGCUAUAUCCUCACGAGCAUUUUGGUAUUUUAAGUAGCUUGUAGUGCCCUGAAGAUUUUUCCAAACUAAUAUUAUCAUGUGUAUUUGAAUUUACAACACAGAAUUCUAAGAUGUUUGUGUUUUAAAGACGGAUUUAUCUAUCCUGACUGCUGGGCAGAAAGAGGAUCAGCCAAUUUAAUUAUUGAUUCUUCAUUAAUGUUCAUUGAUAAAAAAAUACAAAAUAAUUUAAAAGUACAUUUAAAAGCGUUACGUUUAUGCUGUUUAAGCAAUUUUACUGCUGCAGUAUUCCCCCUGGUGUAUUGCUGCGGUUUUCUGUAAUAGAAAUACGAAUGUCAGCAAGGAAAGUCUUAUGUUCUCCUCAAUCAUUAUUUUUGUACCUUUUCAUAAAUAAAGAAAUCUUUUAUAAAUAC